AUGAACAUUCAGCUCGGUUCCAUGCACAACGGCAAAAGAGAUGUAUGGGCCACAACUCUCGUCGUCGUUGAAGAUAGAAAAUAUCAUGUCCUUCAAUACAUCCAAGAAGAUCUCUCACCGACCACCACAACAAUGCAAUCCUACAACCCAUACCCCUUCAGCUUCCUCUGCCAACCCGGCGCAAACCUCAUCACCCUCUCGAUAAACGACCGGGACAGCAAAAACGACGACUACCUCAUCGCCCCCGGCGCAACGCCUUUGACCCCUUUAUACCACUUCCACUACACAGACCGCAAGAAAGACUCCAGCUACAAAGUCAAAGUCGAACACUACGGCCAUACCCAAAGAAAAGUAGCCACAGUCCGCUGGACACCCGGCAACGCCCCACAACUGGAAUUCCCCUGGAUGACAUGGGACUGCGCUUUCCUGCAAGCCAAUGAAGACGGCCAACAAUGGCUCUCGGACGUCGGCACGCUGGAAGGCCAUGAUCUGGAGUUCCAAUACAUGGGUGUCUUCCGCGACGGCUUCGUCACGCGGUGUCUGGACGUCACGGAGGCGUACGUGAGCGUGUGUGGGAUCAUCAUGACGAGCUGGAAUACGGGGAGGAUAGAGAUCCCGGUGGAGAUUGUGAGAGAUUGGAAUGGUUUGGACGAGAUGGUUACGGUGGCGAUGACGGCGAUGCAGUUGCAGAGGGAGAUUCUUUGGGUUGGGGAUAGUGGGAAGAGGAAGGAGCCGAUGGCGGUGACUGGGGUGGCGGUGUCGCGGAGGUCGUCGUCGUCGUCGAGUUCGUCUUCGAGUGAUGGGGGGAGGAAGAUGAAGAGUGUGUUGGGCAAGCUGAAGAAGUUGCGGUAA